AUGGGGAAGGUAAGCCGCUACUAUUUAUGCAUAAUAUUCUAAACUAUCUAGCUUAUUUUACACUUUUAAAAAUUUUUUGUUUAGAAAAAGGUCUUCAAGGACAAUCUCCUUCUGGUAUUUACAAUUGGCGCAGUUUUUGUUGGAGUAAUUGUCGGAUUUAUCAUCCGAAAAUUCGAUCCCCAUCCAAAUACGAUAGUUCUUCUUGGAUUCCCCGGCGAAAUUUUGAUGAAUAUGCUAAAACUGACUAUUCUACCGCUAAUUGUUUGUUCGCUAAUUUCUGGUGAGUUCCGAAGGUCUAAAAUGGGAUAUCGAACAUUCAGGUAUGGCCCAAUUGGAUGCGAAACAAUCAAGGAGGAUGUGCUUUUUAUCUCUCGCUUACUACUUGGCCACAACUUUAAUGGCGGUCGUUGUAAGUUGUAAAAAGCCAUAUUUUUAUUAAUUUAUAAUCUAGUAUGUUACUUGUAAGCUACAAAAAUAUAGGCUAAUCACAAGAAUUAAUCCCAUUUUUAGCUCGGAAUCAUCCUUGUCUUACUGAUUCAUCCUGGAGAUCCGAAAAUUCGCAAGGAUGUCAACACAAGUUCACCUACCCGGCGCGAAGUCAACACCUUGGACACUUUCCUUGAUAUCAUCAGGUAAGAUUGAGUAUAAUCCCACUCUUACAACCUUGAUACUUCAGAAACAUGUUCCCAGACAACAUGAUCAAAGCCGCUUUCGAACAAACCCAGACCAAGUAUGUCAAGGUGCGACCCAAAUUUCCUCCGCAAAAUGACUCGCUAAGUAUGAGAAAAUGGAGGAACGGAGACUUCGAUUACAAUAAACCGACGUUAGAGAGCACCAGCGGUAUGAAUUGUCUUGGUAAGCAAUCGAAUCUCAGCCUUUAUGAGCCAAAACUUGCUAUUUCCAAGCAAAUUGGGAAAGCCUAACAUUACUAUGACAAAUUUGCGGCUUUGGCAAACACUAAAUUUACAAAUUACAGGAGUAAUUGUGAUGUCGAUGGGCUUCGGAAUUGUCCUUAGUAUCCUCAGAGACGAAGCGCGACCAGUUAUCAACUUCUUCAAAGGAAUGGAUAAAGUCAUUAUGACCUUGGUGAACUACCUCAUGCUGUAAGUUUUGCUCAUACUUGAUCGAUUUUUACAACAGAGCACAGAAUACUAUCCUAUCUAUAUUUUUAGCUACUCGCCGAUUGGGAUUAUGUCCUUGGUUGUGGCCAAAAUCCUCGCUAUCGCAGAUCUCGCCGAAACCGGAAAAAUGCUUGCUCUUUACAUGGUCACCGUUCUUAUUGGUCUCGCCAUUCAUGGGCUAAUUACUUUACCAGUUCUGUACACACUUCUCACCAAAAAGAAUCCAUUUGUCUAUAUGAGAGGGUUGGUUCAAGCCUGGGUUACAGCGUUAGGAACUGGCUCGAGUUCAGCAACAUUACCGAUGACUUUCAAGUGCUUGGAGGAGAAUAAUGGCGUAGAUAAGAGAGUAACAAGAUUCGUACUGCCUGUGGGAGCAACUAUCAACAUGGUAGGAUAAAUAUGAGUGGUGUAUAAGUUGCUUUAGGAUGGCACAGCGCUUUAUGAAGCAGUGGCCGCUAUUUUUAUCGCGCAAGUCAAUGGAAUUGAGCUGAGUUUGGGCCAAGUAAUUACUGUGUGGUAAGUCACUCGCUUAAUACUCUUUAAAAUAAAGAAACAAGUCAAUUACCCUUGUACCUUUAGUCUAACAGCCACGUUGGCUUCAAUCGGAGCCGCCUCAGUGCCAUCAGCGGGUCUUGUGACCAUGCUUUUGGUCCUCGGAGCCGUUGGUCUCCCAUUAGAAGAUGUCUCACUGAUCGUAGCCGUCGACUGGCUAUUAGAUCGAAUUCGGACCUCAAUCAAUGUUGUUGGAGACGCCUUUGGCGCUGGUAUUGUUCACCAUUACGUCAAGGACCGACUAGAACGAACUGAUUCGAAGAAAAAGAAGGCCGGACCAAGCAAACCAAGUAAUUCUUUCGAACCUGAUAGUAAGUGGCUUCUCUAACAUAGGCCAUUUUAACCCAAACUAGUUUGCUUUUCAAUAACAACUACUUUCAGGCGCUCUAUUAACCUACGAACAAACGGAAAAAGAGAAAUACUCGAACGGUGACGCCGCCCCCACAAUGAUCUGA